CGUGAGCGAGGUUGGAUGCGCGGUCGUGAUGUCUGAAAUAUUCAAACUUGGUGAUUUGGUAUGGGCCAAGAUGAAGGGAUUUUCGCCGUGGCCAGGCCGAGUCUCCAAUCCUUCCAAGGACUUGAAGAAGCCAUCAAAUACUAAGAAGGGUCCAGUUCAGUGUAUAUUCUUCUUUGGAACAAAUAACUACGCAUGGAUAGAAGAGACCAACAUUAAACCGUAUCAUGAAUUUAAGGAUACUCUAGUAAAAUCUAACAAAUCAGGUGGAUUCAAAGAUGCCAUUGAAGCGAUAGAAGAUUUCAUCGCUAAAGGCCAGGUAUUUGAAGAUGGUCUGGACCCUGAUUCACUUUUUGACAGACUUAAAGAGGAUAGCAUCAUAGUAGAAAAGAAGACUCCUAAAACUCCGAGGCCACGCAAAGAUACUCCAAAAGCGAAGAGGCUUGACAGUAGUGGAGGUGGAGAUGCUCGUCGACCAGCAAAGAAGCAAAGACGAGAAUCCAGUACUAGUAAUGGUAAUCGUGUUGGAAGCAUUAGUCCGGCACUAAAUAAUUCAACUCCAAGAAAAUCAGGGACAUCACUUCUGGACAGACCUGCAAACAUUAUCCGGCCUGUGACACCUCCACUAGAUGUAGAGACACUUUCCCAGACGCUAAAGGAGAAGAACAUCCUGCCGUCGACUUUGAAAUUCGGAUUCCUCGGGCUAGGCAUCAUGGGAAGUGGUAUCGUAAAAAACCUCAUCAAUAGCGGCCACAGCGUGAUCGUCUGGAACAGGACGCAAGAAAAGUGUACCGAUUUCGUUAAAGCUGGAGCGGAGCAAGGACUUACACCAUCGGACGUGGUGCUUGCAGCGGACAUAACAUUUUCCUGCGUAGCCGAUCCCCAAGCCGCUAAAGAUAUGGUUUUCGGCAAUUGCGGCGUUCUAAUGGAAAUUUCACCGGACAAGGGGUACGUGGAAAUGACGGGAAUUGACGCCGAAACGUCGCAAGACAUUGCCGAGGCCAUAAACGCAAAGGGUGGACGUUAUCUGGAAGCACAAGUCCAAGGCAGCAAGACUCAGGCUCAGGAAGGCACCCUGGUUAUUUUGGCUGCAGGCGACAGAUCUUUGUUCGACGAGUGUCAAUCCUGCUUCGAGGCAAUGGGAAAAAACAGUUUCUACUUAGGAGAGGUCGGCAACGCUUCAAAGAUGAAUCUGGUGCUUCAACUCAUGGCUGGAGUCACGUUGGCCGGCUUGGCAGAGAGUAUGGCCCUUGCCGAUCGAGCCGGACUGCAACAGAAAGACGUCCUCGAGGUUUUGGAACUUACGUCCCUCGCUUGUCCAGCAAUCCUGGACAAGGGAAGAGCUAUCAUAGAAGGGGGAUUUCCGACGCAGCUUCCGCUGCAGCACAUGCAGAAAGAUCUAAGACUGUCGCUGGGAAUGAGCGAUCAGCUGGAGCAGCCGUUGCCUUUGGCAGCAGCAGCGAACGAGGUCUACAAACACGCUAAACGUCUGGGAUAUGGACAGCACGAUGCCUCGGCGGUUUACAUCAGGGCCAGGUUCUAACGGGUCGCAGUCGUCGCAAUCAGGCCUUCGCUACACCAUAUUUAUUGCAAUACCUACCGUUGUUUCCCGGCGUUACGGAGUGGGUGGUACACGAUUCACCAAAGUGACAAAGACUGCUAACGCGGACGGGAUGUGUUCUUUCUCUCUUCGCAAAUCGCGUAUCACUUUGCUCGUACUAACGCUAUCUCGAGGAAGCUGCCUCCUGUAUCGCGGCCACGAGAAUUGUUACGCGGGCGAAUUUGCGAGACGGGGAGAAGGACGACAGAAGCCUCUCGGCGAAUGCGACGAUAAGGCACAUCUCCUUGGAUAGUUGUCACUUCGCGUCCUCGCGAUAGCGACGAUCUCUCAACUGAUUCGACUCACCGCCUGUCGGAGCUUGAAAAUGUUAACGGGGAAUUAUUUGGGGAGGUGUCGAAAAUGUGCCUUACGAUGCUAUUUGAAGGGAUACUUCCGGUAGGACUCAAGCCUUGAUCGAUCCAUGUUUUUCGUGGACCAGAACUCCAGUAAAAUUCAAUGAAAUUCAAGCGAAGCCGGGAAUGUUAGGAUGAAAGACGUUGACAAAUGUAUACGCGACGAUGCUGACGGAUCUGAACCAUGAUUAGAUGGAUACUGACGUUUUUCUUCGUGCAAUUGUACAAACACGAGCUAUCGCACACUUCCGCCCUGAUGGAGUAGUGGCUAAUUGUAAAAAAGAAAUAUAUCGAAAUUGGUGAGGACCGAGAACCACGCGAAAAGCCAAAUGAGAGUGUGGACGUCAAGUGAAUCAAUUGAGGAUGCCGAACGAACCAACCAACACCGGUAUCGGCGAUUUAAGCGAAAAACAAUGUACAAUGAACAUGUAAGAAGGCACUUUGCUUUCGUGCGUUCAUGUAGGCCCAAUCUGAUAACAGUUAAAGUAUAUAAAAUAGUUUGCAGUAGUAAUGAUACAGAUGUGUCUGGACGACCCUGCGAAUAUCUGCGAUUCAACGACUCGGUAUGAUCGGUCAUCUCCCAGUCAUUCCUUGUCAAACUGCGCGGUAUUAAGUGAAGUCUUGACGCGAGCAAAUCAUUGUUAGAGCGGCAGAUUUUUAAUGAAUAUAAUGCGAAGAGUUACCCAUCGUAUUUCUUAAAUAGAUGACGAGUACCUUCCUUUUUAUCGCUGUAAACCUCUACGGAGAAAAAAAGUGCAACGCAGUUUCUGCUCGACCGAGCAAUACUCUAAUAACAAUUAUGCACAUCCAGAUCGUCACAAAAAUGUCGAAAAGAAAGCGCGAGGAGCGAUUAUAUUAUCCCUUCCGUGCCCAUACCAGUUCUUCAAAUCUUAAUUCGCGUUAAUUUUAAAUCUUAUCGCUCGUGAUUAAUGGUACCAUUGUUAAAUGGAAAAGUUGCUUAUUUUUAUUGCGUCAGAUGGGAAAAGAUAAAUCUACAGAAGGAUUUUACACGGAAGAGUAGCAUCGAUUCGUUACGAUUCUAUACGGUUAUAGAUAUUGUCCACAUCGACAUAGGUCGUGAAGGAUUGCUGAAGCGCGCGGAGACGGUUAAUUCCUGCAAAUAAUACCAAGGAAUUAACUUGUUCUAUUCUGUUUAAUUGCGGCGGUAGACCAAUUGAAAAUUGACUGUUAAUUCAUACCUUACGAUCAAGGAUGGCCGUUAGAACGGAGAAACACUUCUCUCGAGCAAUGUCACUAGGCGAAGUCGAUCCGAGGAAUUCAUAGGGAAUAGCGUUGUACCGCACUGCUAUCGGCUACGCGCCAUAUCAAUACUGUAUGUAACUAGAAAUAUGCAUUACCGACACAGUUGAUGUUACAAUGAUCCAUUGUAUAUGUAAGGAAAAAUGAUGAAUGCUAUAGAAUUAUUAAAAUAAUAUACAUACAGACAAGCAUAUAAGAAUAUAUAACUAUUACGAAGAACAAAGUAUGUGUGGACGAGCGCACCGUAUAUACGUUGCCUCGACAAUACGCGUUAUAUGUUUUGUCACGAGAUACACUGGUUUUUGAAUAAAUAUCUAUUUGAAUUAUUCCCGA